UCUCUUAGGUAAUGUGGUCAAUGGAUCCUCCUCUGGAACUGUGCCUAGAGCUGCAGCCCAAGGCCCCAGUGGUAAUGUCGCCAAUGGAUCUCCCUCUGGAAAUAUGCCUAAAGCUGCAACCCAAGGUCCCAAAGGUACUGCCGCUGCAAGCAGUCAUGCCCCAGGUCCUUCGGGGUACAGGCCCGCACCUCGCCGACGUCCUGUGCAACCCGACAAGUACAUGAGACUGCUGUUUUCUACGGACGGUAACGACAACGACAUCUCUGACUCUGAAUUUGUUCUGGACAGUGACAGUGACAGUGACAGUGACAGUGACAGUGACUUUGACAGUGACAGUGAAAGUGACAGGGACAAUGAACUGCGUGAAGGUGAGGAUGACCACCGGAACAGAGAAGUGCCGUUGCCUGAGACCCCAGACUUCUCAUUUGCUUGGUCAGAAGGGUCAGACUUCGUACCUGACCUGCACGAGUUUUGCUCUGACAGGAGUGGCGUGACGAGAGACUGGCCUUGCAACGACCAGUCAAAUGAGAGUGACUUUUUCCGUGCCUACUUGGAUGAUGAGUUGAUGUCAUUUGCGCACAGACUGAUAUACCAACUGUCAGUAAGAAAGAUCCUAGGGGAAAGUCUGGUGCCGUCGUCUGUAAGAUGA